AUGGAAACGAAGCACAAGAAGGGACACAAUAGGAAAGCUUUUCAUCUAAAGAAGCAUAAAAAAGCAGAUGAUAGUAGAAGUUUUGAUCCAAGAUCAACGAUCAGAGAAGCGAUUGAUGAGAAGCCGGUUUUGUUCCAAUUGGGGAGCAUUGCUAGUUACGGGGUCAGUGAUGUUCGUCUCAAGGCAGAUCCAGAGAUCACCAGCAGCAGCUCUGCAUCUCUUUCCUCUUCUUCUUUGUCUCCAACCUCUUCAGGGGAUUUACUCGAGGUCAAUGCAAAAGAAAGGAAAUCUAGUUUAUCUUUUGAUAGUAGCCAACACAAUAAGGAGCUCUUAAGCCUUUCUUUAAAAUUAUCCGAGUUGCAAGGUUCAUCAUCGGACACACCGAGGUCACAAGUCUCUGGUGUGACACAUGCUUCAGUGGAGCCUGCGCUUUUGUCGCCUUCUGUUCAAAUGAUGUUAAGAGAAGGAUCUGACCAACCUCGUAGAAAAUCAUUACUGACCUUGGAGAAAAAUUUGAGCACAGUUUCAAAUGAUUCCCUGUUUAGUCUCAGCUUAGGCGACAACGCGAUAGCGAGAGAUGAGCUGUUUAGUUACCGUGAUUUCAAGGCUGGGGAGCUUUUAAAAUCCGGAGAGCUCUUAUCGUUCUCCCCUUCUGUUCCAGUUGAUUCUUUUGAUCAGGGAAAGAGCUUUGAUAUGGACAAAGCGAGUGGAGAAAUCGAAUUGAGGACAUUGCGAAGUGAUAGUGAGGAUAAGUCGUCAAACUCGAAUGUAUCCUGGAGGAACAUUGGAGAUUGCAAUAACUCAGACGAAACACCAAGCAGCACGCAGUCAUUUUCAUAUCCAAUAACACUGGACCGUGCUUCUCGUGCUGCAGAUGGCCAAGUUGUGAUUACAACUUCUCUUGCUGCAAACGGUUAA